UCAGCCGGCGCGGGGCCUGGCGGGCGCUGGGCCGCCGCGGCGGAGCGGAGCGGGGCCGGGCCGGGCUAAGCGGGGCCGGGCGGCGGAUUUAUGCGCUGCGAGCGGAGUCAGGGCGGGCGGCUGGAGCGGCGGGCGGCGCCGGCUGGAGCAGCAUGGGUGUGAUAGGUGUACAGUUGGUGGUUACCAUGGUAAUGGCUAGUGUCAUACAGAAGAUCAUACCUCACUAUUCUCUUGCUCGUUGGCUUCUCUGUAGUGGCAGUUUACGAUGGUAUCAGCAUCCUACUGAAGAAGAACUACGGAUUCUUGCAGGGAAACAAAGAGGGAAGAGCAAAAAAGAUAGAAAAUAUAAUGGUCACAUUGAAAACAAACCUUUAACCAUUCCAAAAGAUAUCGAUCUGCAUCUGGAAACAAAGUCUGUGACUGAAAGGGACACUAUCGCAUUGCAUUACUUUCCUGAAUAUCAGUGGUUGGUGGAUUUCACUGUUGCAGCUACAGUUGUGUAUGUGGUGACUGAAGCGUAUUACAGCAUUAUGAAGCCCUCACAAGAAAUGAAUAUCAGCGUAGUGUGGUGUCUACUUGUCUUGGCUUUUGCAGUUAAGGUACUGUUUUCGUUGACCACUCAUUACUUCAAAGUAGAGGAAGGAGGUGAAAGAUCAGUCUGUGUCACAUUUGGCUUUUUCUUCUUUGUGAAAGCAAUGGCAAUUUUGAUUGUGACAGAAAACUAUCUAGAGUUUGGACUGGAAUCAGGAUUCUCAAAUUUCUCAGAAAGUGCUAUGCAGUUUCUUGAAAAGCAGGGUUUGGAAUCCCAGGGUCCUGUGUCUAAACUAACCUUCAAAUUGUUCCUGGCUGUUUUGUGUUCACUUAUUGGUGCUUUUUUGACAUUCCCUGGCUUGCGACUGGCUCAAAUGCAUCUGGAUGCUCUGAAUUUAGCAACAGAAAAAAUAACACAAACACUGCUACACAUAAACUUCUUGGCACCUUUAUUUAUGGUUCUUCUAUGGGUAAAACCAAUCACUAAAGACUACAUUAUGAACCCACCUUUGGGCAAGGAGAGCAUACCUUUAAUGUCAGAAGAUACAUUUGACACUAUGAGGUUGUGGAUUAUAAUCCUGUUGUGUGCUUUGCGAUUGGCAAUGAUGCGCAGUCAUUUGCAGGCCUAUCUGAAUUUAGCACAGAAAAGUGUGGAUCAGAUGAAAAAGGAAGCUGGCAGAAUAAGCACAGUAGAUUUACAAAAAAUGGUGGCUCGAGUAUUCUAUUACCUUUGCGUAAUUGCACUGCAAUAUGUUGCACCAUUGGUAAUGCUCCUUCACACAACUCUGCUUUUGAAAACACUAGGUAAUUAUUCUUGGGGCAUCUACCCAGAACUGAAUUCCAACACUCCAGUAGAAAACAGUUUGCUUCCCAAUUCAGCUUAUUCUGAAUCUCUACCUGCUGAUGAAAAGAUGAAAGUAACCGUAGUACAAAUAACAAUGGCUUUGGGAAGCCUAAAGAAUAUUUUCACUCCUCUCCUGUUUCGGGGACUCCUGUCGUUCCUUACCUGGUGGGUUGCUGCUUGCCUCUUUUCUACAAGCCUUUUUGGGCUUUUCUAUCACCAGUACCUGACUGUGGCAUGAACAGAUCAACUGAUUAGUAUGAAGUCAAAUUCUAGAUACAAACCCAGGUACCCAAGAGGAGGUGAAGGAAAAAAGAAGAAAGAUAUUUAUGAAGAGAAAACAUAUCACAUUUUUUAAACUCUUCCUCUGUGUUCUCAGGGUGAAUAUUCUUAAAAUGUUUAAAAUCACAACUGGGUUUGUUAGUUUUGUUACCCAAGUAGUAGGUAACUAAUUCAAUUAUAGAGGUGAGACUGAUAUUAUCAUGUGGCAGGCAUUGGUGCACAUGUUGAAAUGUUACAACUGCAGAGUAUCUUGGUUUCCAUAAAGGGGAAGUCACCUUCAACACUUGGAGAAUCAGCAGUCAGUAACUGAACUGUGUGAGUAGGUUCUGGUCAUGCUGAUGGUGGCUACCUGUUAAGUAAAAUACUGAAACUGAGCCAUACAAUGGACAGAAAAAGGGGAUUAAAAAAAGUUCUGUUGGAUAGUUUUUGAUCACUUUUCACCAUGAAAAAUGAAAUAGUCCAACAGGACAAAAGCAAUGCUGUAUAUUACAGUAAGGAAAGUUGUAUAAAAUUUCAAUUUAACAUAAGAUAAAUGUAUGGACCUGGCAGGUAUUGCUGCCUAAAUAUUAUGCAGGAAUGCUUGCACAGUGAAAGGGGAGUUAUAAAAUAUAUAUAUAUAUAUAUAUAUAUAUAAUUUCAGUCCCUAAGUCAUUUUGAAGUAAUGGCCAUCUGUAUUGGUGCUAAUACUGAUCCACAGAUUCCAUUCGGAUCUUUUAAAAUUUUUCCUUUUAGAUAAUAGAUAAAUUCCAUUGAAUUCACAAAAUAAUAGACUAGUGAUGCCAAUCAAACAUUUCAAAACAAUACAGUUUAAUCCUGCUGACUGAGAGUGUAUGUAUCUGUGAUGUACAUAUAUAUAUUAUAUAUAAAAUAUAUAAUAUAUAUGAAGUUAUAAAAUAUGGAAUCUUUAUUUUAAAUUACUGAAUGUAUAUUACAGGGCCAUGGGAGAGGGAUAUAUGUGUAUCUAGUAAUUUCAAGAUCCCAUUUGAAGUGAAAAUUAAAUUUUUUUGAAAGUUCAGUUGAAAGGGCUAUUUGUUUUUGGUGCCUCUAAAAGGUACUUAGCUAUACUAAAGAACUUAUGCUGUUCUGCAAGAAGAGAUCUGCUUCAUCUCUUAGUCUUGAAAUUUCUGCUCUGUCAGAUCAUUUCCUUUAACCAGUCUAAUCUAAUUUGUGUUAACUUGGCCACGCAGUAACAACUAGUAUCUCUUGGCUUCAGGAAUAAAUUUUCUGUGUAGUAAAACAGUUAUUGUAAGGAGGAGCAAGCUUUAACUUCACAAGUUUUGCUUAACUGGAGGGACAGAGCCUACAUAUCAAGCCAUUGUGAAACAGUGAAUGAUGAAGUUUUGGAUGUUUUGUGUAAUGGGAUAACAGGAGUGACGAUUCAUAUGCAGUAGCUUUCUUUUUUUUUUUUAAAAAAGUUAAUAAUACACUGUGCAGAGUUCAGUGCUUUUUUGACUAAUACUGGCUGUUUUUAUGUUACUGGUCUUUUUUUUUUCUCUUGACUUUGUGUACAACUUUAGCAUAUAAUAAGCAUUUAUAAAUGAAAGAGCUUAACAAAUAUUAAAUGUGUUGCAAACUUACCGUGUGGGAAAGCAAACUGUCAGUGAAUGCAGAAAAUUCAGAAUUUACAGUGGUGAUAAACUGUCUUUCUGUGUCAAAUACCUUUUAAGCAUUUGCUAAUACUAGGAAAAGAUCUAUGUUCACCAGCUAGUACCUACUGCAUGUGUUUGGGAUGUCUUGAGAACACCUUGCAUGAUUUGACUGGUUUCAAUGCAGUGUAAUAUUUCAGUGCUACUGGUGCUGCAAGCUUUCUUUUUUCACACCAGCUUUUCAUGACUAACAAGGACAAAGACUCAUCUGUGUAAAUUGGCCUAUUUUACUUCAUAGGUUCAGGUCUUGAAAUAUUCUUAGGAUAUGUAUUUCAGAUGAAUAGAAUGAGAAAUUAUAACAGGUCCAGUAAUACUGGAUCCAGUUUCUGUUAGUUCAAGCUAUUUCAUUAGUAUAAGAAUAAUGCAAGCUUUAAAGUCGUAGGUAGCUAUCCAACUUUAAUGUUUCAGUCACGAAAAUACUAAAACAAUGAAGUGCAAAUUGAUUCUGAUUAUGAACUUGACCCAAAAAACUCACUGUAUGAGAUUGUUGGAAUUGAAGGAUAGGAAUAAACUUACAGAUACCGGAGAAGACUUCAAAAUAAUGCUAAGUAACAGUUUCCUUUGGUGUAGAUGCAUAUUCUUGAAAGCUCAUAGGUAGAAAUGAACUGUAUUUAAUACUGAAUUGGGCAAAGGAUUGUGUGUAGCUCAGCUUCACAUAGCUUUUGCUGAGGAAUCACACUGUCUUAUGUUUCAGAUUUCACACUGUUCACAGUGGAGUAUGCACUGGAUGAUGCUAGCAUUAAGAUCAGUACUUCUGGAUGUUGCUGUUUUGUUGUUCCACGGAAUGGGAAGGAUGACCCUCUGGUCAUCAGUUUGAUCUGAUUAGGAGGCAGUUUUCUUUGGUUUCAUUUAAUCCUUACAUGAGGCUUACUAAAAAUUAUAACAUAGCAAUAAACAUCUUUGAACUUUUAGGUGACAGUGAAAUGGGAGGAAGUAUAUUGCUGUAGUUGGGAGCAACGCAUUUUAUAACUACCUGAUAUGCUCAAAAGUGACUUUUAAAAUAAAAUAGCAGCCUUGAUAGUCCUGAUUUCCAUGUAUAUUAUGUAAACUAGGUAGUAUCUGCUCAAGUGUUCAGGAAGUUCUUUUAAAACCGCAGCUGGCAAAUGCUUCCCCCCUACACCACCAUCCCCAUAGAGAUUUAUUGGGGAAAAAGCAGCUUACAGAAAUGGAAAAAGAGGUAAAAGAAGACUGAAUGGCUAGUAGUUUUUCUUCAGGAUUCUUGCUUUUUUCUUCACUAUCUACUACAUUUUUGAGAGUUUAGAAGGAAAGAUGCCUUUGAAGUUCAGACCUACCUUUAUCACUCUGGUAAUGUGACUUGUUGGUCUGACUUUUUUUUUUCUUCUGUCCACAGCAUUUUCCUUACAUUACCUACAAAGAACAGACCUGGCUACAUUAGUUAAUAUUUGUAUUCUGAUUUUUGUUCUGUUAUGGGUUUAAAUUAAUUGAUCAUUGCAGGAUUAGUUCCUUUAAAUAGCUUUAAUAACGCCAAAGUCCAGCUGAAAUAGGAACAGACUUACUAGUAGCUUAAAAACUGUUUUUCUGUUGCGAUUGUCCCUGUAGACAAAGUUAGGAUAGUACUAAAUCCAAGUCUUCCAGCAAGAUUCAGUAAAGUCCAAAUGUAACAUUUGGGCUAGAGAAGUUGAAUAGGAAAAGGAGGUGUGACUGUAACAAGCCUGCUCUUCCACUUUGCAGGCAGUAUUCUCAGGCAGCGCUUGUCCUUCUGUGAUACUUUGAGGCGCUAGGAUUUUCCAGGUGUUGAAAGAACUGUGGCAGUUUUUUUCUCUUCCUGUCUUCUCUUGCAUGAGAAGCAAACAUGAGAAAUAAGUAUUAAAUCAGUACAAAAGAAGAUCCUUGUACAGAAGGAUAUGCUUUAGAAAGCUUAUUUCUAUGGCAAUUUUUCUUCAACUUCUGCUAAUCACAAAUACUAGAAGACAAGUGAAUAGAGAUGUGUACUUACCUGAAUUGUAAACUCAUACUCACCACAAAAAAUGCCAUCAAGAUACAUCAGCUAUGCAAGUAGGUAGCAUAACUUUAAUGUAUAGAUAGGUAGUUAGUACGGAGUUUUCAACUAACUUCAAAGGAGCAAUUAAAAUUAUUUUUAUUAUGCUGUAUUGAAGUACAGCUAAAUUCUAAUAGAGGUCUUGGAUUGAAUAGAAAAUUAAAAAGUAUCUAGUGUGAAAACAUAUAAGUCUUUUUGAAGGCUUUACAAGGUAAAAUGUCUUGUGUGUUUUUAUUCUUAAUGGAUUGUUAUGGACAUUGUCUUGUUUUUGGUUUUUUUUUCCAGCAAGAUUUUGAGUAGUUUUGACAUGUUACACAUUGUUUUGGCAUAUGGCACAAUCUGUGCCAUGGAAAUUCACCCUAUAGUUAAUGUUGUCCCUAACAAGUAACUAGGAUAUUCUGAUUGAAGAAUUAAGUUCACAAUGCAAAUGGGCAAUCUUGAAUGAAAACAAGGCCACACGAAAUAGGGCAUUGGCUUGGAGAAGACUUUGUAUUGAAGCUAAGCAAAUUCUAAUAGAGGAAGUCAGUAGCAGGUCCCUUGUAUCAUAAAUUGUAUACUGGAGGUAAAUGCUUACCAUUAUGAGUAAGACUGUUACUUUCAGCAUCUGCAUUCCAAGUCCUAAACCCUAGAUGAUAAGUUAAGAGUAGUCUGGUAGUUGUUCUAAAGAGCAUCUAGGCAACACAUACCAAAUGCCUGAUCCAAUUAAGCAAGCUGAUGCAGGGCAUGCUGUCUGUACUGUGGAGUGAUUUUUGUGCAGCUUUUUAUUCAGAAAGGACUGCUGUGCUUUAUGGCGCUGGCAGUGCGUGUCCUGAAUUGAUGGUAUAUCUAACCUUUAUUCCCAAUGCUAGUCUGAAAGGUUUUCUGCUCUGUGUGAGAGAGAUCAUGAGGCCAAGAUGUUAUUCCAAGGCUGCUUUUACUGAAAUCUGUAUAUGCUGCACUUAUUAACUUUUUCAAGUCUCUCACUGUGUACUGCCAGGAGAGUAAUGCUACACUGGGCACUUCAUGCCAGUGUAUAUGUAUUUUUAUAACUUUGAUUUUAGUGGCAUUUUUAAUGGAAAUUAUUUUUAAUCCUGUUACCAUCAACCAUAUUUUAAUUUUUUAUUAAUAUCAGUGCCUGCAACUAGAAGUCAAAUACUUCUACACUCGACAUUUUUUAAAACUUGAUUUCCAGAGUGGAGUGCUAGCAAGUAUGCAGUUUUAUAUUGAUUUGUGUAAGCCACCUGUAAAUAUCAAACUUUUUUCACUUGCCAUCGAAACAUCAAUCAAGACUAAAGGAGGAAGUUCAGAUUUGCAGUAUUCAACAGCAUCUUAUCCUUAUGACUCUGCUAUUAAAACAAGCAGACACAAAAGCACAGGCAAACAAAAAAGUAGAUUGUAGAAGUAGCUUUCUACGGGCUCCUUAGUCGUUUUUAUUUUAAUGAUGCGCUAAGUAUUUUUUUAAUGCUUGGCUUAAAAUAUCUUCGUAAAGUCAACUUUUUCUCUCUUUUCCUCUCUAUCUGUUCACGAAGGGAACUUUGCUUCCCUUCUAUGCCCUAAUUUUCAAGAAUGGAUAUUUAUUAUAUUUUAGAUUAAAAACCAGAAAAAAUACACAAAAAAUUUUACUUUGAAACUGCAUUUCAUACCUAUGUCAUUAUGUGCCAACAGAGAGUUUUUUGUUUUUGAUGUCUUCAAUCAUUCUCUUGUCCCAUUGUUAUCUUUCUUAUGUGUUGUUAGUACAUAUAGUUUCCUAGGAAUAAUCCACGUGGGGAAACAGUCUGUAUAAGCAAUGCUAGGGCACUUCGUGUAAUGUUACAACUGUUCCAUUUAUGUGACUAAAUACUAAUGUAAGCAUACCAUUAAACAAUUUAAGCCUAAAAAUUCCUAUAAGGUAGACUUGUUACAAAUUACACAGGAAACACCCUCCAAGUUGUAAAUAUCUAAUUUCAAUGUCUCUUGCUGGGUUCAUGCAUAAAUUGUGAUGCUGUUCUGUCUUAAAGAUUCUUUUUCUGUCUUUUUAAGAGAAAAGCACGUAACACUGUAUGAUACUGAACAAAUCUGAGAAUAGAGGGACUCACCAUCCACAGUUUCAGUAUUUGCCAAAUGGAAAAGACUUACAUUUUUAAUGUAAAUUUUAGUUUCCUAUUACUGCUAAAUUACUUCUGAACUAUGAUUUUAUAGUUGGAGCAUUGCAUAGUAUUACAAUUAGUAUGCUUCAUAGUGAAGGUGUUAUCAAAUGGAUGUUGCAUUAUAUAGACCUCUCCUGACCAGUGUUGCAUCGCCUGCUGUUUUAAAAACAAAUUCUCAUUUACUCUGUGCUUUUGGAGUUCAUCAGGACAUAGGAGAGUGCAAUGCAAGUUGGAAAAGCUGAGGAGAUGUUGUAUUUGGGGGAUUGUUGGCACUUUAUAUUCUUUUUUUAAGUCAGUGGGGAUAAUGCUUAGGUGCAAUUACUGCAAAUAAUAAACAAUCUACAGAAAUGUCGUAUUCUUUUUGUGCACCGUAGACUAAAGUGCCUAAACAUGGGUGGUCUGUAGAAGACAUGUAUUAAACUUCUUGCGUGUACCUUUGUGGUCAUUUUGCUAAAUAACAGGUCAGUGUUUGGAAAGAAAAUGCAUGGACUGCUAGUCCUAAAAAGGGGAUAUGAUAAAAAAAAUUCUUUCCAUACAGCUUUUGGUAUAUGGAAUGUCUGUGUAUUUACAGGUUAUUAUACACUGGAGGCAAAUAAGAUUUUGAAGAAAUCUUUUCCAUUUUUAUUACUUUAGUGAUAUUUUAACACCUUUGCCUAGUACCUGAUCGGUAAUGUGACACCCCACUACCAUAUAUGCAUUUGGUUUUCUUCCUUUUUUGUGAUUCAAGGAAAGAACUGGCACAACUUGGAAACAGUUGACUUUAGCAAAGUUUUCUAGCAGCAGCCUUGAUACUGCUUAUGCCCUACUUCUGCAGCUAGUUUUGACCAGGGUAAGUAGCUCUGCUUGAGAUUAGAAAGACUGCGCUGAAGUUCACCACACCUGUAUGGAUUUGGGCUAUAAAAAGAGCUGGAUUGUAAUAUGACUGUCUGGGACUGAGCAAAGAAAAGUCUCCAGUUAUAUGGGCCAAUUUUUAGAAUGCUUUUUGGGUAAUUGAAUAGCGAACUCACCCCUAGUUGUCAGCUACUUCCUUGCCUCUGAAAAUGGUGAGCACUGACAGUGGUAAUCAUCUGGUCUGACUGGGGAGGUGGGGAGGAAAAACUGAGAAGCCUGCCCUUGAGUUAGUUGUCUCUAAAUGUAAAGUGCUUGUAGGCUGAAGUGUUGUUAUAGGUUUAAAUUUACCAAAGGAAGCCUUCCUCCAAGGAAGCCUUAUAAAACCAUUUUGAGCUUUUAGCUCUGAGAAGUGGCUUUAGUAACCUGCGCUGUAUGUAGUACACUGUUGGGGAACACUUGCUCCAGUUAGCACGCUGAACAUUUCCUUACACUGUGUGUAAGAGAUUGUUGCUUGUUAUUUUACUGUAGAGCAUUAAGAAGCUGGUUUUGUCUUGUUUGUAAGUGUUAGCAUAUACCAGGCAGCAUUUUAUUUGUAAAAAUAGUAAAAGUUGGUUUGUCAUCUAGAAACAUAAAACCCUUAACAUCAAUAAAUGCCGUGAGUUGAAGCAAGAUUAUGCUUUAUUAUUCCUCUAGUAAUUCUGGUGAAACGCUAUAAUUUAUAUUUGUUUUUAUAAUGCACACGUUAUUAAAGUUAAAUUUGUGUUUGUUAGGUACUAGUGGUAAUACCACAGCAAAUAAAAAAAAAAACAACUGUGAUAUCUGCUGUGUAUUGAGUGCCCCAUCAACUUGCCUUUGUAAAGCACUGAUCCAUGUGAGACAUUUAAUGUCUACUACAGUUAUGCUAAUGCAAUAUUUAGUAUCCCUACAUGUACUCUGCAUGUUUUUGCAUUUGUGCACUGUAGAAGGAUAAAUUGUUUUUCAAUACGUACUCUAGGCUUAAAAAAGCUUACAUUAUUUUAUAUAGUAUUUCCCAUAUCCAAAAUAGGACAAUUUCUAAAGCCAAAGAUCAAUAAAUGUUUAUUGUCUAUCAGCGUGGGUUUUUUCCUAUUUUGUAUAAUACAUCCCACUUCUUUAAAUGUACAGUAUCUCUAGACUUGCCAAGAAACAUAUGGUAGCCAAACUUCUCUGUUUCUAUACUAGCCUAAAUUAUCUUAUUUAGAAAUACUUGAGUAUAUUGUUUCCCUCCUCACUGCUCGGGAUGCAGCAGAAUAAUUUUCCCCCAUCCACACCCACCAUCAAAAAUGCAGACUGUCUUAAUCAUGCAAAUAGCUAUUUACCCGUCAAGAACCACUUAGAUUUGCUACAAACACUAUGGUCUUUUCUAAUUGUGUCAUCAUAAUAGCAUCAAGAAGCAGUAGGUUUGAAGUGAUGUUUUGUAACCUUUCUGGGUUUUUAAAAAUAUUUUUGGAAUAUUGAUUAUGCAUGAAUUUUUGUUCCAUUCAUGCACACAUUGCUACACGUUAAAUGAAUGAUGCCAAGCUGCUCAAGUAGUUUUUCAGCAAAACAUCCUUGAGAAAGCAAUCUCCUGUAAUCUACAAGCAAAGCUGUACCAAAAAAAAGCACUUCAAUUAUAAUAGAAAGUGUUGCUACAGAGAAAUGCCCCACAGUCCCAAGGACAGUUUUUGAGCAAGGACAUUUUGUUAUACUCUGCAAGCAUCAAAAUGCAUUGCACAGACUGACCGUGAAAGCUUCCCAAAGCUAUAUGUAUUAUUUGCAGUUCUGUAAUAUAUAUAUAUAUAUAUUGUCAUAUAUAUAUAUUACCAGAAGCUUUGAAAAAGAUGGCAAUUGGAAAAAUUGGAAUUGGAUUGGAAGUGGGGAGUAUGCAUUUAAAAAUACACAAGGUAUCUGAGCUAUAAGACCUCCUCCUGGAAAAGAUCACGACAUUGCAGAGAGCAGCGUGAGAUAAGAUCAUGGCUAGGAGGAAGGUAAUGAGCUGUGGUGGGAUUUGUGUGUAUGCUUGGUUUGGUUUGAUUUGCAGAAACUAAGAACAGCACUCUUAGCCAUUUGGUUUCUCCAUACAGCCUGAAGCAUCAGUUUCAGUCCCUAAAACUGCAGUAGAAUGGAUGUUUUGUCUGGCAUGUAUAAACACUUAAAGGUUUUUAUGGACUGUAAUUCCCAUUCACAUAAUCCAUUGAUUCUCAUAUGCUGCUUGAAGUUAAUCAGUGAGCACCAAUGCAGUGUAGGUGGUCCUCAAGGUUUACUCUAGGCUAGGUGUCUGCGCCUUAUGAAGUUAGUUGUGUUUAACCUUCAGAAUGUCUUCAGCUGGAGCCAAAAUGGGUAAUUUAGGCUGUUAACUCCACAGCGUCUUACCUGUGUGUGCACCAUGACCAGGAUAAGUUCUCUAGUGCCGUGCAGCUCAGACAAUCAAGCAGCUGUCUGGAAGAUCCAGCCAUCUAUCCUUGAAGAGAACAAGAGUGGUGUCUGCUCUACUCUUCCAGCUGCUUGCCUGCUCUGCAGCAGAAGGCUGCUGUAGGACUCUCUGCAGCGUGUUCCUGCAGCAGAAGUGAACCUGUGCUUUCAAGAGUUUAAUGAAGCCCUGAUUCUGAACCCACAAGGUUCACAUUGCCCAAAGCCCAACUCAUCCAGAAGGACUUCAGUGAGGAAGGCAAGCAGAGCUGUCUUCUGCUGUAAAACGCAAACAAUGCAUUGUCCACUGCUCAGUGGAACAUCUGAGGGACUGCCCAGCUUCCUAAAACUUACUUUUAGCAGUAUUAGCAGUAUUGUGUGGAAGCAUGCUCCAGACAGGACAGCAAGCACAUAGUUCCUGUCUGGUGGCACCUGCUUUGGGCAGGACUAGGGAAGCAGUGAGGGAGGAUGCUUCUGCUCUGAGUCAGAUUAUGAAGAAUUUGCAAAGAAGUUACAAUUAUUGUCAGACUGUUGUCUGGAGAACUGCAACAGGAACUCGGCAGAGGCAGGGAGACGGCCUUUGUGGAGGAAUGUUCUGCACAAGCAAAGGGUGAUGCUUGAAGAGCUCCAACAACUGGAGCUACCUGGAAGAAUGGUGGCCAAAACGGUGUUUCUGUGGUGUUACCGACUCACCUUCCUAGGGAAUGAAAGGGCCCCUUCCUCUCCCAAACCUCAUGUAUGGGCUAUUUCAUGUAAGUAGGAAGUAGUGCAUCAUCCUAGCUCUGGAAGUGGGUGAGCUCUGCAAUAUUUCUUGCUGCUUGUAAGACCUGAGUGCUCGAAGAUGUCUCUGGAACACCGUUUGCUGAGGAUCAGCAUUUUGCUUUCCCGGUGGUGCAGCCUUAAUGGGUCUGGGAGCAAGGCUACUUUGUUGAUGGCAUAUGGGGCCACAGGUCAAUUCUGUUGCUCUUGAAAGUUGAAAGGAAAACAAAACAUCCUUCUUUCUGAAUUAUGAAUCUCACAGACUUCUUUCGGUGACUCUGGAUAGAUAAGUAACCCAUGCCUAGCAUUUCUUCCCACCUGUCAAACUUGAGCACACUUUUUCAGUGAGUGCAGAACUAGUGUGAUUUAUGUUUUUAUGGAUGUGUAGCAUGCUAGUCCUCCGUUUUUCAUAAAUUAGAAGAAAACAGGUUGUUGGUUGGAGAUGGGUGUAGCUGCUUUUUUAGGAGUACAGGGGCCCUGUUGCUUCCCAUUCAUUUGGGUUAUGUUGGUAGAAGGAGUUAACUGCGAGUUUUGGUCCUGAAACCCAUUUCUCUUCCUCAUCUAAGCCUGUACUGUUAUACCCUUACCAUCUUCCUGCUAUCAGCUCAGUCAGAAGGAUACAAGAGAAAAUGAGUAUUUUGUUCUGCCUGUGAAAAGCCUACAAAUGCUGCUGAGGACUUCAGGACAAGAAAAAUGAUCAGUGGGAAAAGUGAGAACCCUCUGCAGUGUCAAGAGAAUUCAGAGGGUAAAAUACUUGAAGGCAGAAUAAAAGCUGCAUGGGGGAGGGCUCUUUCUUUUUAGAGCCAAGACAGGACAGGAACUAGAAACUGGAGCCUGGUGCUAGGUAAAUUAGAGCAGUAAACAAUGCAGUUGUAACAGUCACUAAUUACAUCACAACCUGAAGUGGUCAGUUCUCCACGGGGUUUCUUCAGACAUCCUCUCUAUAAGCUGCUUUAGGUAAGCAAGUUAUUGCUCGUCAUGUAGGGGUUAUCAAUGGAAGGUAAAGGAACCAGAGGACAGAUGACUGUGUUAGUUUUCCACUAAAGAUUGGGAUUUGGGGGCUUUUGCAUUGGCAUUGCUAUAGCUGGAUGCCACACGGCUGAGAGGGGAUAUGCAUUUCUUCACCACAUCUGUAAUCUGGACUACAUGUUGCCAUGUGUAUAUUACACGCGGUCUUUCUAGUAGAAUAAUGAAUGUCUUUGAGUAGAAAACUAUCUUGGGGAUUCUUUUUCUAAAAGGUGCUGAAUCUCCCUGCAUGCCAAGAGUAGAGCAGAAUGCUUCUCUUACAGCACUGGGAGCCUUUGCUUGAACUUUUCGUUCCAAGGUUCCACAUUUAUGAUACAGGCUUUUCCGGAAAAAAACCUUCUCAAUACCAGCUGCCAUUUGGUACUGGAUAGUUCCGAGAUGUUUUUCUCCUGAACUGUUGCAAGACAAGUAUUUCCUGGUUUUGUAUUUAUGUAUUUCUCUUUUCUCCUCGAGUGUACUUGGCACUUUGGCUCAUUUAUUUAGUGGUUACUACUUCUAAUUUCAGACCCUUUCUCCCAGUCUGUUAGUUACCUUAAAUUCAGAGUAACAGUAACUUGGGUCCAUUAGAUGUAGGUUGUGUUUUCUGUUCAAAUAUACUAACAGUAAUGAGAUUGCUGAAGCAUUUUGUCCUUAUAGGAACAUGCACACACAUACAUAUAUAUAUAUGACCAGUGCAUAUGUAUUUGUAUAUGUAUACAGCUAUGUUUUUUACAUAUAGACACCAUACUGCUCCAUACUCCUGCCUUAACAGCAAAAUGCUCUUUCGCACUGGUGUGUACCUGCUUUGUACUCUUAAUCCAUCUAUUCUGGUUUGCUUAGAAAAUUUCAUGCCACAUUUCCUCACAGGCCUUAGUAAACAGAAAGGUUAAGGCACAGCCUGGCAGCUCGCUUAAUUUCCCAUUGAAGCAGCAGACAGCUAUUCAUCUCUCCUUCUGACUUCCCUCGUCCCUUGGAUGUCCUUAGCUCUGCUUUCGUCCCAGGCUGCCCCUGCACAGAACGUGUGAAGUCACGCUGCUGCCUUCUGUAAAACCCUGCAGUCUGCAGCCCCCAGCACUCCUGAUUUUAUUGACACAAAACAAAACUGUUCUGAAAGAAGUCAUCCUAUUGCAGGGCCAAUAGUUGCCUUCAGUGUGAUAUAUUUUUUUAAUGAGGUUUUGAUUAAUAGUAAUAAUAAUCUGUGUGCUCCGAACUUGUUGACAACAGAAAGCGCUGUAGGUAUUUUUCUCUGCAUUGCAGACCUGUGCCAGGGAAGGAAGCAGCCUUUUGUGGAAGGCUGAGUAGGAACCAAUAUGCCCAAAGUCUCCUACGUUGUCCUGACAGCGCAGGUCAGAACAGCCGUCCUGAAAGCCACAUGUUUGCUUAACUGACUUAGUAGCGUUUCUGCUCUUUAAAACAUUAGGUUAUGUUAAGAUCCCUCCAAAAAGACUGAGAAAAAAAGAUUUGAACUGACCAGCCAUGUACUGCUUAUAUAAAAUAAUCUUUCUUCAAAUUUUAUUUGCUCUCUAGUUCUGUUUUUACUUCCACUUUCGAUUGAACUGCGUAAAAGUGUAUUUUUUUUUUUUUGCAAGCUCUUUGCUGUGAGAGGAGUAUUAUGUCUGAGAAAAUGACUGCAGUAAGCCUUUCACAUAAAAACAUUUUGUAUACUUAAUAAAAAAUAAAAUUGUCAAAACAUUGAAA